UGGGAGGUCCUAGACCACUGUGGAUGCUCUAAGUAUAUGCAAUAAAUCUCAGUUACUUUGCCACCUCAGUCUCUCUCUCUCAUUCAGAAAACUGGAGAUGCGGCAAGCAUGAGCUCCGUCUACCCUGACCUCCUCCGUUACUGGCGGUGGAGGAUCCUCGCCGCCAUCAUUCUCAUCCGCUCCGACUCCCUCGGCCUCAACACCGACGGUGUAAUCCUCCUCUCCUUCAAAUACACCAUCCUCAGCGAUCCUCUCCAAGUCCUCCACUCCUGGAACUACACCGACGCCACUCCCUGCGCCUGGUACGGCGUCACCUGCUCCGCCCCCGGCUCCGCCGUCACCGCCCUCUCUCUCCCCAAUUCCGCCCUCCUCGGAUCCAUCCCCGCCACGCUCGGAACAAUCCCCCACCUCCGCACUUUAAACCUCUCCAAUAAUUCCAUCAACGGUUCUCUUCCAGACUCUCUCUUCUUCGCCUCCGAGCUUCAAACCCUCGAUUUUUCCAACAAUUUGAUCUCCGGCGAGCUCCCGCCGCUCUUCGGAAACCUGAAAAGUCUCCGCGUUCUCAACCUCUCAGAUAAUGCUCUAUCCGGAAAGCUUCCGGCGAAUCUCUCAGCUCUGCACAACUUAACAGCUAUUUCCUUGAGGAGCAAUUACUUCUCCGGCGAGUUUCCUGGUGGAUUCAACUCCGUUAAAUUCUUAGAUCUAUCAUCAAAUUUGUUCAACGGCACGCUGCCGGUGAAUUUCGGCGGCGAGAAGUUAGAGUAUCUCAACAUCUCCUACAACAGACUCUCCGGCGAAAUUCCGUGGCAGUUCGCCGCCGGAAUAGCGGCGAAUGCAACAAUCGAUCUCUCAUCCAACGACCUCACCGGUCCGAUUCCAGAAUCCGACCUCUUCUCCAACCAACGGAUCGACUCCUACGCCGGCAACGCUAACUUGUGCGGCAAGCCGCUGAAGAGCCUCUGCCCGAUCCCGUCCUCCGCAGCAAUCGCGCCUAAUUCGUCGGUGCCGGAAUCGGAAUCGCCGCCGGCGAUCGCUGCGAUUCCGAACACCAUCACCUCCAGCCCCGCCGCCGCCGGUCCACCGCAGCAGAGGAGGGCGAGCGGGCUCCCCACCGGUACAAUUUUAGGGAUCGUCGCCGGCGAUGUGGCGGGAAUCGCGGUUUUAUUAGCUAUAUUUGCUUACGUGUACAGUUUGAAGAGAAGAGGAAGCGCGAAAAAGGAGGCGGAAACUGGGGGUGAGUUUGACUGGGCUUCGGUUUCGUCAUCGGCAUCUGAGGAGUCCAGCUGGCUCCGCGGCUGGACGUGCGUGAAAAAGCAGCGGAGUGCGGCGGUGGACGACGACGACGACGCGGCGGAGGCGUCCUCCGAUUCGACGAGCGAAUCGGCGGAGCGGCCGCAGAAGAGCGGGGGGGCGCUGGUGACGGUGGACGGGGAGAAGGAGCUGGAGCUGGAGACGCUGCUGAAGGCGUCGGCGUACAUUCUGGGGGCGUCGGGGGCGAGUAUAAUGUACAAGGCUGUUUUGGAGGACGGGACGACGCUGGCGGUGCGGCGGAUUGGGGAAAGCGGCGUCGAGAGGUUUAGGGAUUUCCACAACCAGAUUCGGGUCAUCGCGAAGUUGGUGCAUCCGAACCUGGUUCGGAUCCGAGGCUUCUACUGGGGCGCCGAGGAGAAGCUCAUCAUCUAUGAAUUCCUUCCCAACGCUAGCCUCGCUAACGCCCGUUACCGGAAAGCUGGUUCAUCACCAUGCCCUUUACCGUGGGAAAUGCGGCUCAAGAUAGCAAAAGGCGUGGCGCGCGGGCUGUGCUACAUCCACGAGAAGAAGCACGUGCACGGAAAUCUCAAGCCCACUAACAUCUUACUGGGCUGGGACAUGGAGCCCAAAAUCGGCGAUUUUGGACUCCAGCGCCUCGUCACAUGCGACAACAGCAGCUCCAAGGCUUGGGCCGGCAGCUCAGCCCGGAACUUCGGGAGCAAGCGGUCCACAGCCUCGCGGGACAGCUUCCCGGACUACGCGAGCGGGGCCACCCCGAGCCCGAGCCCGAGCAUAAUGGGCUUGUCGCCCUACCACGCGCCCGAGUCUCUCAGGAGCCUGAAGCCCACUCCCAAGUGGGACGUGUACUCCUUCGGAGUGGUGCUUCUGGAGCUCCUGACGGGCAAAGUUAUAGUGUCUGAGGAGGCGGGCCCCGCACUGGCACUAGCCGGGACCACCGCCUCGUCGGACGAGGACAGGGGGAAAGUGGCUAGGAUGGCCGACGCUGCGAUCCGUGCGGACAUGGAAGAGAAGGAGGAGGAGUUGCUGGCGUUGCUUAAAUUAGGGUACGGUUGCAUAUCGGCGGCGCCGCAGAAGAGACCGUCGAUGAAGGAGGUGCUUCAGGCGCUAGAUAGGUUUCCGGCGGCUUCGUUUUCUUCGGCUUGUUAUUGAUUGAUUGUAGGCAGUGUGAUAUGAGUGAAGAAUGGCUGACAUGUUUGUAGUUUUUUUUACUAAACAAUCUUUGAUGAUAACAUAUCAUAGGUUAAUUAGUUUUCAGGUUUUGCUUCGACCUCUUAUUCUUAGCUAAUCCUUGUCUAAGUAAUAAUAAUAAUUUCUUUUUUAAA